CGCAAAUGAAUUAUAAUUUGCGAAACAACCUUGAUGCAUUGUGUAAAUAUGCAAUUAAAAACGAGUACAACUCGUGGAUAGAAAGUUAUCGUAUAUUCAUUCAAAUGAAAUUGUGUUCAGACGAUGUGAUUAAUUUAAUUGGCAAUGAUCUGGACCAAUUAUAGGUCAAUUCAAAUCCUGUUAUCAUUGCAGGCAAUGGUCUUUGAGGCGCCCUUUGACUAUCAGUUCCGGUAUUUGCCAUCAAUUGUCUCAUUUGUCGCGACCAUCGCUCCCAUCAUCACCACUACUGCAUCCAUACGACGACAUACCACUUAUUAUCCGUGUCUAUACAUGUUAUACACCCCCUCCCUGUCCACACCCAAUGAUGUCGAAAUGCACGACCCGUAG